UGUAGAAAGGAGUGUACUGAAAAUUAACAGUGAAGAAAUCAGCAACAGAAGAAGAGGUGGUAGGUGAUGGCCAAAAAGCGGAAGGGGAAGAAACCGCCCAACGUAAAACACCACCACCAAUUCCAAACCCAAAACCAAAACCUCGCCGCUUUAAUCGCCCAAGUCACACACACAGCACACUCAUUUCUAUCCCGCAACGACGUCGUUCUCCUCCCUUCCCAAUCCCUCCGUCUCGAAUCCCUAAUCUCAUCCCUCAUUUCCCUCUCUCCACACCCCAAACCCUCACCCCUUCUCUCUCCGCCACACCGCGACUGCUGGUUCCGCCGCUUCUGCUCCUUCUCCGAUUCCCAAUGGCUCAACGCCUUCCGCAUGUCCAAGCCCUCCUUCUCCCACCUCCUCCACCUUCUCACCCCCUCCCUCGCCCCCUCAUUCCCUCACAUCGCCCCCGACUGCGUUCUCGCCGCCGCUCUCUUCCGCCUAGCCCACGCCGCCCCCUACGCCGCCAUCGCCCGACGCUUCGGUAUCGCGCCGUCGGAGGCCUGCCGCGCCUUCUUCGCCCUCUGCAAGGCGGUCGUCGACAACCUGGGAUACCUCUUCGAGCUCCGCACCGGUUCCGAGAGGGUUGUGGUGGGUUUCGGCUGGAGUUCUCUCCCCAAUUGUUUCGGGGUUUUAGGGCUGGCUAGGUUCAGAAUUGACGAUUCGUUGUUGGGCGAAGAUGGUUGCUUGAUGGUUCAAGCGUUGGUGGACUCCGAAGGGAGGUUCUUGGAUGUCUCAGCUGGGUGGCCAAGUACCAUGAAUCCCGAAACCAUUUUGCGUGAGAGUAAGAUUUAUCACGAGGUUGAGGAAUCCAAGGAAUUGUUGAAUGGACCGUGUUAUAAUCUCAACGACGGUAAUUUGAUUCCUCAGUAUAUCCUGGGAGAAUCCUGUUUUCCCCUUUUGCCGUGGCUUUUGACUCCUUAUAACAGAGUGAAUGAGGAGGAUAGUUUUGGCUCGGCGGAGAGGGCUUUCAAUUGUGCUCACGGUAAUGCAAUGGAGUUGGUUGGUAAUGCCUUUGGGGGGCUUCGUGCCAGGUGGCAGCUUCUGGCGGCCUCGAGGAAGUGGAAGCUAGAGUGUAUUGAGCAUUUGCCGUUUGUGGUUGUUGCGGGGUGUCUAUUGCAUAAUUUUGUUGUGAAGUGCAAUGAGAAAAUGCCGGAUGAAGGGGUUGGAAAGGGUUGUUGCUUGGAAAAGGAAGAGGGGUUUCCUGCUUUUGAUGGGGUGGGGGAUGAUAAUGCAGUGAGGGUGAGGGAUGCACUUGCUAUGCAUUUGAGUAGGAUGAGUUCCAGAAAAUGAAUAAAUGGUGUGGGUGGAAUAUUAAUAUAUGGUAUACGUAUUUUGAUUGGUCAAUUUGUUUUUGGGAAUUGUUGGCAUUGGCAAGUGUCACUUGCACUUUGGAAACCAUGUAUGGCAUCAAUUCCAUCAUAUUCGAUUCGUUGCCUUCCUGUAGUAUUGAAGGAUAGCUUCAGUAGGAAGAAAUCUGCAAUCAGCAUAAAUUUUUCAGUUGUUGGCUCCGCAAGUUUCAGAUUUCUCAUAUUACUGAUGAGCUGUUUUUAAAAUUUGUCACAAAAAUUCUCUUCCUUUCGGUGGAAGCCAAUUAGAAUUUAAUUACUGGGUUUGUUAGUGGAACCAUGGUUAGUAAGUAGCAUAAAAUCUUUUUAGUGAUUGACACUUUUUGAUUUGAAACCUGUUUAGCAAACCAUCAUUCAGAUUUGUACUUGUCAUUU